AUGAGUCCUUCAAAGUCUGCACGAGCCGCUGCGCUGUUGGUAGCUCUGUCUGGCCUCGCGGCUGCACAGUCAUGUUGCGACAGGUUGAGGCAAGCACUGCCAGACUCUAUCGUCCGCCCGAAUGAUACCGCGGGGACGUAUGCAUCGCUCAAUGGCCGGUGGUCUGACACCGCGAUCCUGGCGCCCAGCUGCAUCUUCCUCCCAGCGUCAGCAGAACAGGUCGCUGCCGGCCUGCAGCUGUUGACCGACUCUGGCCUGGAGGGAGGUGCCUGCAAGUUCGCCAUCAAGGCCGGCGGGCACAUGCCCAUCCCCGGUGCCAACAACAUCCAGGGCGGCGUGGUGAUGGACCUCGCCCACCUUGACGAGACAACGCUCUCUGCGGAUAAGUCGUACGUCACUCUCGGGGCCGGCGGCACGUGGAGCCACGCGUACGCAAAUCUUGUCAAGGACGGACUCGCCUUCACGGGCGGCUUCUGCGGCGGCACUGGCGUCGGCGGCCUCUCCAUUGGUGGCGGGCAGUCCUUCUUCCAGCCCAGCCAGGGGUGGGUCGUUGACAACAUUCUCAGCUACGAGGUCGUCCUCGCCUCCGGCCAGAUCGUCACAGCCAGUGCCGACUCCAACCCGGACUUGUACAAAGCCCUCAAGGGCGGCGGCUCCAACUUUGGGGUCGUCACCAAGGUGGAUGUCGCGACGUUCAACUUCCGAGACAUGUGGGCGGGCCAGAUCGUCGUGCCGGUGUCCGCAGAUGCGACGUCCAAGGUCCUCGAGGCCGCUGUGAACUUCACCGGGCGGAACAAUCAGGACGUGCACGCUGGCAUCCAGAUCAUCUUCUCGUACCCCAGCAACGGCACCGCGCUGAUUGACUUGGCGAUGGCAAGCGGGGUGGAAAACCCGCCUGUGCUUCAAGGAUUCACCUCCCUGCAGCCUCAUGUACUUAACACGAUGAGUAAGCGGAGCUUGAGCAGCUUUGUCGCGGAGGCCGACGCCACGCAGCCUCCAGGGUAUCGUGUCCUCGGCGCAACCGUUACCUUUGCCAACACCCUCGAGGCCAUCAAGGCCGUGCAUGCUGUGAGCGACGUGGUGCAAAGAGCCUUAGCUACGGAGAUGACGGACCUGGAGUUUAUUGUCAACUACGCCCCUCAGCCGAGGGUGAUUGCAACCCACACCAGCAAGCGCGGCGGCAAUGUUCUAGGACUUGAAAAUGUUGACCAUGACCAGAUUGUGGCUUUCCUUACACCCAGAUGGACAAACGCCUCCCACGACGAAGCCAUGUACGCGGCUGCCCAGACUUGGGUGGACAGAUGUAACGACGCACUUCUGAAGAUCGGGUCCCUAGAUCCGUUCGUCUACGUCAACUUUGCGACCCCUCAGCAGAAACCUUUCUGUAGCUAUGGCAAGGAGAAUGCAGCGUUUCUCAAGAGGGUGGCCAAGACUUACGACCCGGAGGAGGUCUUCCAGAAACUUGUUCCUGGAGGCUUCAAGGUAUCGGUGGAGUGUUGA